AUGACCACAAUCACCAGGCGACCAACAAUACCCGCGGACUGGGCACCGUCGAAGGCAGGAUGCUUGCGCAAGGAGGACUACUGGCUCUGGCUCUGGCCCAACAAACAGCACGACAACCGCACCGUGCUCGGCGGACCUAGCCAAACGACCGAUUGCUUUCCACCGACAUGGGCCGCGUCGGAUGUAUAUGUUGGAACGAGCUGUCCGGGCGACUACACAACCGCGUCAUGCGAAGGGAGUGAUCAGCGAGAUACGGUAACAUGUUGUCCGAAUAACCACGUCUUUACCUGCGCCGUAUCCGAGACCGAGAAAGCGCAUGGUUCGCUUUUCCCAUGUCGAUUAAAGUACACCACGGAGCGAGUCGUGACGGCGACAUUGACGGACUUUGUUUCCAAUACGAUAAACGUCGACGAGGUGACGCAGAAGCCAGGACUACAUUUGUAUGCGCUGGGAGUGUUAUUCGUGACGCCGACACCAACAUCAAGCGACCUCAGUACCUCCGCUGUCAACACAGAACCCUCACUCUCAAUAACAGCGUCCUCUACAUCCGAACUCUCUAACAUCUCAUCCCCAUCCUCAUCAACACCACUCAGCGCCGGCGCAUCUGCAGGAAUCGGCAUCGGAUCUGCAGCAGGGGUGAUCCUAAUAGCCGUGCUCGGAUGGUUCUGGUACCGACGCAAGAAAGCCGCCGAAGCAGCGAAAACGGGAUCACCCAUACCUCCCCAUCACCACUAUAGCCUUCCGGGGCAACCAAGCAUCGGUCAUCAGUAUCCGAUCAACGAAUUAAACACGUACGAGGCACAACGGAAGCAGUUGACUGAGCUGCCUUCUUAA